CUCCCAGCGGCCCGCGCUGUCCUGCUCGUCCUCGCCACCCGGCACGCACAGCCCGGCCCCAGCAUGACGGACCAGGCGGCCUUCGACACGAAUAUCGUCACCCUGACCCGCUUCGUCAUGGAGGAGGGCAGGAAGGCCCGCGGCACCGGCGAGAUGACCCAGCUGCUCAACGCGCUCUGCACCGCGGUCAAAGCCAUCUCCACGGCCGUGCGCAAGGCGGGCAUCGCGCACCUCUAUGGAAUUGCUGGCUCUACCAACGUGACGGGUGACCAAGUGAAGAAGCUGGACGUCCUCUCCAAUGACAUGGUCAUUAACGUGUUGCGGGCAUCCUUUGCGACCUGCGUCCUGGUGUCGGAAGAAGAUAAACACGCCAUAAUUAUAGAACCUGACAAAAGGGGUAAAUAUGUGGUCUGUUUUGACCCCCUUGAUGGAUCCUCCAACAUCGAUUGCCUUGUGUCCAUUGGAACCAUUUUUGGCAUCUACAGAAAGAACACUACCGACGAGCCUUCUGAGAAGGACGCCCUGCAGCCGGGCCGGAACCUGGUGGCGGCUGGCUAUGCCCUCUAUGGCAGUGCCACCAUGCUGGUGCUGGCCAUGGCCUGUGGGGUCAACUGCUUCAUGCUGGACCCGGCCAUUGGAGAGUUCAUUUUGGUGGACAAGGAUGUGAAGAUCAAAAAGAAAGGGAACAUCUACAGCCUCAAUGAGGGCUACGCCAAGGACUUCGACCCUGCGGUCACCGAGUAUGUGCAGAGGAAGAAGUUCCCCCCGGAUAACUCAGCCCCCUACGGCUCCAGGUACGUGGGCUCCAUGGUGGCUGAUGUCCACCGCACCCUGGUCUACGGAGGGAUCUUUCUGUACCCGGCUAACAAGAAGAGCCCCAAAGGGAAGUUGAGACUACUGUACGAAUGUAACCCAAUGGCCUACGUCAUCGAGAAGGCGGGAGGAUUGGCUACCACUGGGAAGGAAGCUAUACUGGACAUCGUUCCCACUGACAUCCACCAGAGGGCGCCAGUCAUCUUGGGGUCCCCGGAAGACGUGACUGAGUUCUUGGAGAUAUAUAAGAAGCAUGCUGCCAAAUGAAGAGCUGACCUUGCCCGCCCCUCGCACCGCCCCCUCCCA